GCGAGUGAGAGAGAUUGAAAAUGUUGGAAGCAACAAAUUAUUUCAUGUUAGCAUCUGAAGGCAGUUGAAGAUUACGAUUCAUAUUAAAUGUUAUAUGUUUGCAUAGUCGUUUUAUCAUCCAUUCAACACUCACCUUCAUCUUCAUCAGUCUCACUCUCUACCUUUCCACCUCCUCCUCCUCCUCUUUUCUCCUCCAUCACUAAUAUUACAUUGGCUCUCUCUCUCUCUCUCUCCCUCUCCCACCAAACUCACAAUUACCAUUAUUAUUGAUCAAUAAUAAUGAUCAUCACCAUCAGUUUCAUCAUCACUUAGUUUAAUUGAACUUGUGUGAGUUGAUAGUUAUAUGUUUUUUUUGCCAACGUUGUGUUUUAACAACAAUUAACCAAGUUAACCAAGAAUCAUAUUAAAUAUAUAUUAUUAUUAUUAUUAUUAUAUCUAAAUUGUUGACUAUUAAGGUUGAGAGUAUUAAUCAAUAUUAUUUGAUAUGUUUGGGACUUUGGAUUGCCAUUGGUCAUCAUCUCUAUCAUUAUGAUUACAAUUAAAGUUUUACUUAAUUGUUUAACCAAAUAUGCAAACCAUAUAAUCAUAAUAUAAUAAACACAACAACAAUCAACCAGUUUAACCGAGCCAGUUAAUCAAUUUCGUAAUUGUAACUGUUAAUCAAUUUUACUUCCUAUUGUUUAUUAUCAUCAUCGUUUCUCAUUCAACAUUUUCUUGAUUGUCUUUUUGUGAUCAUUAUUGAAAUUGUGUCUCCACAUUGUGUUGUUAUUAUAAAAGUUAAUUAAUUUCUCUCUGUGCUCUAGUUUUCGGUUAAUCAACAACAACAACAACAACAACAACUUCGUUAGUUUAAUUGUCACUGAUCAAAAUUUAACGAUCAAAAUCAAUGGGCAAGAAAAACAGUAAAUUGAGCUCGGACGUUGUCUUCAAGCUGACCAAAGAAACUUAUUUUACGGAAAAGGAAAUAAGAGAAUGGUAUAAAGGAUUCAAAAAGGAUUGUCCAAAUGGUCAUUUAACAGAACAGGGAUUUUUUCGCAUUUACAAGCAAUUCUUUCCUCAUGGUGAUCCUUCAAGAUUUGCAUCUCUUGUUUUCAGAGUUUUUGAUGAAAAUAAGGAUGGUUCCAUUGAAUUUGAAGAGUUUAUCAAAGCACUUUCUGUGACAUCUCGUGGUAAUCUUGAAGAGAAACUAGUCUGGGCAUUUAAAUUGUACGAUGUUGACAACGAUGGUUUCAUAACUCGGGACGAAAUGUAUAAUAUAGUUGAUGCUAUUUAUCAAAUGCUUGGUACUCAUGCAAAGCCUGGAGAGGAGGAAGAGGAAACACCAAAGGAAAGGGUUGAUCGUAUCUUUGAACAAUUAGAUAAGAACCAUGACAACAAGCUCACCUUGGAUGAAUUCAAAGAGGGAUCCAAACAAGACCCGAAGAUUGUUCAAGCUCUUUCACUUUAUGCACCUUGAGAAGGAUGAUUAAGGUGGAAGAUGAAGAUGAUGAUAAAGGGAGAAAAAAAGAUAAAAACAAAAACAAGGAUGAGAGAGAUGAAGAUGAUGAUGAUACAGAUGAUAACAUGGUGAUGCCAGGGAACAAAAGAUUGAAGGGAAACAACAACAAUCAACCAAGAAGAUGAUGAUGAUGCUCAUGAUGAAUGAUAAACAACAACAUUCAGAGGAAAGAUAAUGAUUAUAUAUUAACGAUCAAGAGGAAGAUGAGUUAUCAUCAUUAUCUUCAUCAUGUAUUUACUCAACUUUUACCAUUGGAACAUGAAAACGGAACUUGUUGAGUUGAUGGAAGCGAACAAUUAGUUAAUUGUUCUGCUGACAAUUAACAUCUUUUUAAUGGAUCGUUUAAAAGCAAUGUAAUAGUAAUACAAAUAUACACACACACACAUAAAGAAAAAGCUUUUAAUCAAAUUAAUACUCUUACAAUUAACAUUUCACUUUUGACCGAAGGUUAAUCAUGUAAUUCUGAUGGUCAUCGAAUCUUUAUCAUCCUUAUCAUCUUCCUCUCAUCAUCAUCUCUCAUCUUCAUUGCCGAUAUUUUUGUUUCCUAAUUUUAUCCUUUUCGUUAAUUAUUAUCAUUAUUAUUGUUGUUUUACAAUUUUAAUCAUUGUUAACUUAACAAACUCACCUUAAUUGCUUAACCUUCAACAAUUAUACACAUUGACACAAUUCAGAUUUACACUAAUUACAUAUGAUUAUCAUGAUUAAUAUAUUAUGGUUACUAUAUUAUUGUUAUUAUCAUUGUUAUUAUCAAUAUUAUUAUAAAUAUUAUAUAUAACAAUUAAGGAAAUCACUGAAAAAGCCAAGACAAACUUUCACCUCUCUUGUGACAAGACAAUUGAAUCAACAAUUAAUAAAAUAACUAAAUCAAAAAGAA